AUGGUGGUUUCCGGCAAUGUGAUAGUAUUUUCCGGCGGUCUUGGAUGUGUGAAUAUGGACUCUGCUAGUGGUGGCUGUGAUGAAAGGUAUUCCAUAGACAUUGGUGUAGAAGGCAGUGCAUGUGAUAUGGAAAUAUCUCAUGGCAUGACUAAGUAUUGGCGUCCAAAUUGUGCUGAAAGUUUGAAGCCUCACGUAGGGCAACAGCAGAGCACAACUUGGAAGGGUAGGGACAGUGUUGUUGUGUUGAAGCAGGUUGUAUGUAGUCGUGAGGGGUUCAAGCAGAGUUCGUCUAGUACUUCUUCUAGCACACAAAGCACUGUUGUGAAGAGACGUAGGGUGACAAAUAGGGUCAAUCGUAAUCUUGAUGCUGGCCAUCAACUUUUUGUUGCAAGUUGUGUUCGAGCAAAUAUUGGUCCUACUCGGUCGUAUAGGUUUUUUAAGGAGAUUGUUGGCGUGAAUUGUGAAGCAUUUGGGUUUGAAUACGAUGUUGAUGAUGGUGGUCAGCUUUCAAGGGUUUUCUUGGCGGACGCAGUAUCUAGGAAGAAUUUUUCUUUGUUUGGUGAUGUUGUUUCGUUUGAUGCUACAUACCGUACUAAUAGGUACAAUUUGGUUUUUGUCCCAUUUACUGGCAUUGAUAAUCAUAAGAGAUACAUCACCUUUGGUGUUGGGCUGCUUACGAAGGAAGAUAUAGACUCAUACGUGUGGCUUUUGGAGAGCUUUAAGAAAAUAAUGGGCCAUGAUCCUAUUUGCGUUGUUACAGAUCAAGAUCCAGCUAUGAAGGUUGCCGUUGCUCAAGUGGGGGAGAAGGUUGGACCAGUUUUAUCUAAAGACGAGGUGUUUAGGAGGAAGUUGAAUGGCAUUGUUUGGGAUAAUUCACUUGAUCCAAUGCCUUUGAGUUUGGUUGAGUUUCUGGUGCAUUAUGACAGUGCUAUUGGUGCACAGCGGCAUGCCCAAGUAAAAUUGAAUGCUGAUUGUGAAGCUUGUUUUCCAUAUUUGAAGACACCAUUGGCGUUGGAGCGGCAUGCCAUGGAUGUUUACACAAUUUCUAUAUUUUAUGAUGUUCAAGACGAGAUUUGUUCGGCUUGUUUUUCCUGUCAAGUGGUGUCUUUGAGUGAUUUUGAUGGUUGCGUGUCCUAUGUGAUAAAAGAUGGUGACCAUAGGACAUGGCGUGUGGAGUUAGCUUUGAAUGAUUAUUGUGCAAGUUGUUCUUGCAAGAUGUUUGAGCGUAUGGGGUUUGUGUAUUUGGUGCAUCGGUGGACAAAGGGUGCAUGUUUGCACCCAAUAUUUCAUAUUGAUGGUAUACUUGUUGAUCAAUCUGCUAAAGUGAAGAAUGUUAGGGAUGGGAGUGAGAAUGGCAAUGGGGUGGUUGUUGGUAGCAAGCAAAGUGUGAUUAAUUCGUUUUGUGGAGAUGUGUCUAUGGGUUCGACAGUGGAUGUUCGACAGUAG